UUUCGUUUUUCAUGCGUUGCCUGAAGAACGUCAGUCGGGACUCGAGGACAAUAACAUAUUGAGAGCACAAGAAUAAGACGCCUGUGAGGGAAACCAGGAGACAGAACCCAUUGUGGUUCUCGCAUAUUGAAUAAGGGACAUUGUCCCUCUGUCUCCGGGAGUGUGAGGAUCUGAAGCACGACUUUGUGGAUGUCUAAACGCACCCUCCCAGGUCCACACGCUGACAGGUUCGCGGGUGUUGACUUCAGCAUGUCAAGCACACCAAAUGAGACGCCCCAGCGGGCAACGGCUGCUCAGUUGGCUAAUAGAAAGAUCCGAGAGCUGGGCAAACGUCGUCCAAGGACGACUGCGCCUCAGUCCCAGACGCCGUUCAACUUUGGCGAAGUUGGCGCAGCUGGCACGAACGACGCUGCAGUAGCAGCUAAUUCUACUGCCUCGAACGGUUUUGCCUUUGGCCAAUCUAGUAGCUUUCCUGGAGCGUCAUCAAAUCCUACCCAGAACGGAUCCCAGCCUGUCACAUUUGGUGCUAGUGGAUCCUCUAGUUUCAACUUUGGAUUUGGCUCUGGCUCUGGCUCUGGCUCAAGCAAUCCAUUUGCCAACCUCAACGGCGGUGGUGCACAGAAUCAGAACCAAAACACGACAGGCGGUCUGUUCAAUUCUGCCAACGCUCCUACGACAAUGAAUCCGCCGCAAGGAAUGUUUGGUGCUACUUCCCAAAACCCACCAAGCCAGCUUUUUGGUCAAUCGACAACGGCUGCUAGCUCUGCACCCCCGAUUUUCCAAUCACAACCAGCAACGACUGGUGCUUCGAAUUUGUUUGGGCAGGCAUCUGCUGCACCUGCUUCAACUUCAUCAUCGCUUUUUCAACCCAAACCUGCUACUAGUGGGCCGUCUUUGUUUGGACAGUCGACCCCUGCUGCUGCUGGCGGCUCAUCUUUGUUUGGACAGUCUUCUGUGGCUCCUAGCUCUAGUUCUUCACUCUUCCAAACUCAAACCCAAACCACAACAGCACCAAGUACAAACUUAUUUGGUAAAGCCACCCCAGCCACGAGUGUUAGCAGUGCGCCGUUAUUCGGGCAAUCUUCGGCAACUACUACUGCGCCAAGCUCUUCUAUCUUCCAGAGUCAGCCAACAAUGGGCGGAAGCUCUACUUUGUUCGACCAGUCUUCGGCUGCUGCACCUCCACCUAGUGCAUCUACACCGCAACCUAGCAUCGCCACAUCUGCUCCCACGUUCUCAUUCGGACAGCCUGCUAGUACUACUUCGUCCCUGUUUGGCAAAUCAAGUGCUGCUUCACCUGCAUUUGCAUCGCCGAACAAAUCUACUGCAGGUAGUGGACCCCUCUUCUCGCAGCACACACAAAGCACGAACAAUGUCUCAACUCUACUUGGACAAUCCAAUCCCUCUACUUCGGCAGUGACCAAUGGCUCGACUACUUUGUUUGGUAAACCGCAAGCACCUGCUGAGAGUACUUUCUCCUUCACUCCCUCCACACCGUCGAAUUCAGGCGUCUCAGCAGCCCAGCCAUCUACUGCCCCGCAGGCUACUGCAAACAUUUUUUCUGGUCUUGGCCAGCCUUUGAACCCCAAGCCUCUCUUCGGGGUUAACAAUGAACCUGAUGACAUGAGCACUUCUCCUGACGCUAAGCCCAAAACUAAUGGACAACUUUCAGGUGCCUCGCCUAUCUUCGCCCCGUCUGCAAGCAAGGCUGCUACUGCGGCGAGCUCUCUCUUUGCUCCUGCUUCGAGUACUCCACAGCCUUCGAGUGCAACUAGUUCCUUCGGUUCGCUGUUUGGACAUAAUCCUGCAUCUACAACACCUGCGACCCCAACUGUCUCUGUUACCCCGUCUAAAGCUUUAUUCGGCGGGCCAGUCUCUUCAGCAGCUACUACUGAGAAAAACAUGGAGUCUACAACUGCCGUCGAAAGCAAGAAACCCGGACCGUUGGCAGCUUUCAAACCUCAAGUACCGGCGAAAGCAAAGGCCCCAUCUGCAUCUUUCGCUGCUUCGGCGGUGAAGACCAGCUCUGCAACGUCUUCUGGGUUGACUGCAGGUGAGAAUCAAGAUUUCAUGAAGAGAACUCAAAUUCGUGAUUUGAACCAUGGCUUCAAAGAUAUGGUGGCUUCCUUCGAUCCUGAUACCCAAAGUCUGGAUGAUAUUAUCCUCUUUUACAUUCGUGUCCGUAAGACGAUGAAUGCACCCAUCGGCUCUCUGGCAAAUAAGCCUAGCAAGCGUAAGCUUGACGAAACAUCUAACGUCGAUGCCCACGAUCGGAUUUCCUCGAAGAAAUCUAGAGCCCAGGAAUCUGUGGCUAGCUCUGUGGAGCCCAGUUUGCCAUCGCUGAAGCACAAGCGCAAGGCAUCUGAAGACUAUGAAGAAACCAGCCCUACUGGCAAGCGUAGAACGGCUGGUUUCGUCCGCAGUGCCACUCAGCCCAGUGGUUCUAAAUCUACGACUGCUGGUAUUUUCGCAAAUGCAUUUGCCUCUGGUGGUUCCAAAGAUAAAGAAUCUACCGAUGCCGUUCCAAGCUUCAAGCCAUCCGCAAGCGUAUCUGCCAAAACAUUUGGUGCUGCAUCGUCUACCUCCACAGCCAACAAACAAACCAAUAUCUCGACUCCGCAGCCCAAGAAACUGCCUGAACCUUCCACUGAGCCUUCUCAGAAGCCGACAUUUGAGGCGCCGAAAUUUGGAAAUACCUCUGGAAAAGAUUUCCUAGCCCAAUUUGGCAAGGCCGCUGGUGGCUCCGCUUCUAAGGGUACCAGUGCGGCUACUGAGGCCGUUAAGCUUGACGUUCCCAAGUUUGGCAAUACAUCUGGCGCUAGUUUUAUGGCCCAGUUUGGUAAGCUUGCUAAAAAUGAUGACGAAGAUGAUGACUCGUCGAGCGAUUACGAACCAGAAGAAGCGUCAAUAACCAAAAAGACGACUGAAGACACCGCCCCAGCUCCUGCUGAACUGAAGGCAGGUGCAUCAGUAUUUGACAACAAACCGAGUGCGCCUUCGAUUGCUCCAAGCAACAUCUUCGGCCAUCUCUCGAACUCUAAUACGAACACCGACGGUGAUUCUUCUGAGGACGAUCUAACGGAGCACUUGAAGAAGCGCGCCAGCCAGUCUAAGCCAAACCUGUUUGAUCGCAUUCGCCGGGCUGACGGUACUCCAGUUCAGCUUUCAGACGACGAAAAGCCCGCAACACCAAAGCCACAAUUGUUCGGCCAGGCCAGCGCUAACCCUUUCGCUUCACUUUCUGCUAGCACUUCUGCACCAUCUUCUACUGCCACACCAUCAAAUGGCUCAAAUAUCUUUGCAAGCAAGACUCCUGCCUCUGGCCCAUUUAGCAGCCUAGCAAUUCCUAACCCAGCAACACACCUAUUUUCUGGCACUGCUACUCCCAGUGUUACAUCUGAUUCCAACGCUGAAGAUACCGACACCGAACCCUACAAAGACACUCAACUAAACCUCAUGGGCAAUGCUGGCGAAGAAGGUGAAGAAUGCUUUUUUGACGGACGGUCUAAGGGGCUUAAGCUUGUUGAAAAGAAGAGUGGAGAUAAGACUGAGAAGUCAUGGGAAGUCCAGGGUGUCGGAUCUCUUCGAGUUCUCGUCAACAAAGAAGCUAAUCGCGCCCGCAUUGUUCUCCGAGCCGAGCCAAGCGGAAGGGCUGUCCUGAACACUGCCAUUAGUCGAACGAUUGACUACAAAAUCCAAGGCACCACUUGCACAUUUCCCGUACCUCGUGCAGACGGCUCGGCCAUGGAUAUCUGGACGCUUCGUAUCAAGAAAGAAGCUGCGUCGGAACUUGAAACUGCGUUGAAGUCUGCCAAGGAAUCUUUGCCAAACUAGACUCAUGCUACUAUUGUAUUCAACACCACAAUGUACCACUCCAUGCAUCUCAUGUAUUACAAUUUCAUGCCUCCAUGUAUCUUGCUUCAUGUUUCCCGUUUUCAUACUCAUACGGAGGAGUACUCGAGUCCUCCUUUUCCAACUGCUUGGAGUCAUCAAUUUAUUCUUCGUUUCCCAUUUCGUCAUUACUUUGGAGUCCAUUUUCUGUAUAGAGAGUAACGAUCUUUUUCUACAAUUGUUGUCCAUUAUCCUUUUUUCAGUCUCGCCAAUGUUCAAAAUUGCCAAGCAUUUACAGCCUCGGUUUUGAUGUCCUUUUUUCCCCUAAUCAAUUUUCAAGUUCUGGUUGUCCUGCAGCAUGGCGUUUGUUAAUUUUUCGCCCAUCAUCAAGCCUCUGCUUCAUUUAUCUUUAUCGUCCAGGUGUAUUAUCAAUUUUAAAAAAGCGAAUCGUCUUUGUGUACUUAUUAGUAUUGAGAA